ACAAUAAACACUCAAUGGCCGGCCUCAAGGCCUUAAAGAGGACCUCGUCAAUGUCAUCACCACCCCAACUUUGCCCUUAAUAUUUCAUCUGUAUUAUUAUUGCUAUUUCAGCCAUCUACGUACGGCGACCCUCUUCACUUUCUCAGCCAAAACGCUCUCCCUUAGCUCGCCGCCGAACAUGGCGCCUUCAAGGACACGUUACGAUUGGCUUCUUCUUCUUCUUCUUCUUCUUCUUCUUCUUCUUGUGUUCAGUUUUUCUGCAGCAGCAUCUGGUAAUGAUUCUGAAGCUUCCAGCCUUCUCAAGUUCAGGCAGUCUCUGUCGAACCCGGCCGCCUUAAGCGGCUGGAAUGAGGACACGGCUCUGUGCUCCGGCAAUAACUCGAACUGGAAAGGCUUGCUUUGCAUGAACGGUGUGUUUUACGGAUUGCAGCUCGAAAGCAUGGGGCUGGGAGGAAAAAUUGAUGUGGAAGCACUGGCAGAGUUGCCGACUUUACGCACCGUGAGCUUGAUGAACAACAAGUUUGAAGGUCCGAUGCCGGAUCUGAGGAAAAUGGGGGGGCUUUUGCUGGGGUUGUAUUUGUCCGGCAACCGUUUCUCCGGCGAGAUACUGGGGGAUGCUUUUGCCGGCAUGAAGCUGAGGAAGCUCUACUUGGCGAACAAUCAAUUUGUGGGUAAAAUUCCGGAGUCCAUUGCAAAGCUGGGAAAGCUUGUAGACUUGCAGCUUAACAAUAACAGUUUUGAGGGCAACAUACCCGAUUUUUCGUCCAAACAACUAAGGACAGUGAAUCUGGCAAACAACAGGCUGGAAGGCCGAAUUCCGGCAAGCCUGGGCAAGAUGAGCCCUUCUUCAUUUUCUGGCAACCUUGAUUUGUGUGGCGAGCCUCUGUCGACCCCCUGCAAAUCCUCCAAGAAGCCUGUCAAAAAAAUUGCCAUCAUUGCCGCAGCGGUGGCCGCGGUUGCACUGGCCGCCAUUUGUCUAGCUUUCACCUUUCGCCGGCGACAAGCCCAGAAAAAGGCCCAGCUUCAGAAAGGCACAUCGGCCAAACUCGACGAUUUUAAGAAAGAGUUUGCUCAUAAGCAGCAGAUGGAGCAGCAACAGCAACUUCAGCAGCAUGGGAAGCUUUACUUCGUGAGGAGCAAUACAGAGAAGUUUGAGUUGCAGGAUUUGCUUAGAGCCUCAGCCGAAGUUCUGGGUAGUGGCGGCUUCGGCUCCUCUUACAAGGCCACCCUUCUAACCGGUGACGCCACCAUCGUUGUCAAGCGGUUCCGGCAUAUGAGUAGCGUCGGAAAAGAAGACUUGCAUGAGCACAUGAGAAGGCUGGGCAGGUUGUCACACCCUAACUUGCUGCCUCUUGUGGCCUUCUACUACAAGAAAGAAGAGAAGCUCUUCAUUUCUGACUUCGUGGAGAAUGGAAGUUUAGCAAGCCACCUCCAUGGUAAACGAAAUCUAGACCAACCUGGGCUCAACUGGCCAACCCGGUUGAAGAUCAUCAAAGGAGUAGCAAGGGGUUUGGCUUACCUCUACAAAGAGCUGUCUACCCUGACACUGCCCCAUGGCCACCUAAAAUCAUCCAACGUGCUCGUGGACGACACCUUCGAGCCCCUCCUAGCUGACUACGCGCUUGCACCGGUGAUGGACAAACAACACGCGCAGCAGUUCAUGGUGGCCUACAAGUCACCUGAGUUCACGGAGCACGAUCGCACCACCAAGAAGACCGACGUGUGGAGCCUCGGUAUUCUGAUACUCGAGAUGCUAACUGGCAAGUUCCCAGCGAACUAUCUGAGGCAAGACAAGGGAGUCAACGCAGAUUUAGCGGCCUGGGUGAACUCAGUGGUGAGAGAGGAGUGGACCGGCGAGGUGUUCGACAAAGACAUGAAGAGGACGAAGAAUUGUGAAGGGGAGAUGCUGAAGCUGCUGAAGAUAGGAAUGUGUUGCUGCGAGUGGAAUGCGGAGAGGAGAUGGGACGUGUGGGAGGCUGUGGAGAAGAUUGAAGAGUUGAAAGAGAGGGAUAUUGAUGAAGAUUACUCUUCCUAUGCCAGUGAAGGUGAGUAUCUCAACUCUUCUAGAGCUAUGAAUUCUGAGGAAGACUUCUCUUUCUCAGUGACCGGUUGAUCCAUCUUUCUGGAAGAUAAGCUGAUGUUGCUUUCUAUCAAGGGUUAAUUUGUCAGCCACUGAUUAUUUCUAAUGAUCAAAUACUUGAAAAAAGUCCCCCUCUGCCUUGUAUUUUUAUGAUUUUCUAUUCAUUUUAUGUAUUUUAUUGUGGUACUGA